UUUGCUGCACUGACAAAAGAAUUAAAUGCAUGCAGGGAACAGCUGCUUGAAAAAGAGGAAGAGAUUUCAGAGCUAAAAGCUGAAAGAAACAACACAAGACUGUUACUGGAACAUUUGGAGUGCCUUGUCUCAAGACACGAAAGGUCCCUGAGGAUGACAGUGGUGAAACGGCAAGCACAGUCUCCCUCAGGGGUUUCCAGUGAAGUUGAGGUCCUCAAAGCUCUGAAAUCUCUGUUUGAGCACCAUAAGGCUUUGGAUGAAAAGGUAAGGGAACGACUGAGGGUUUCUUUAGAAAGAGUCUCUGCACUGGAAGAAGAACUAGCUGCUGCUAACCAGGAGAUUGUAGCUUUGCGUGAACAAAAUGCACACAUUCAAAGGAAAAUGGCAGCUGGGGAAGGGUCUGCUGAAUCAGAGCAUAUGGAAGGAAUGGAGCCAGGGCAAAAGCGCCUAUCAAAUGGCUCAAUAGACUCCAAUGAUGAAGCCAGUCAAGUUGUUGAACUUCAGGAACUACUGGAAAAGCAAAACUAUGAAAUGGCACAAAUGAAGGAGCGUUUGGCUGCACUAUCUUCCCGGGUGGGAGAGGUAGAGCAGGAAGCAGAGACCACAAGAAAGGAGCUCAUUAAAACAGAGGAAAUGAACACUAAAUAUCAGAGAGACAUUAGAGAGGCAAUGGCACAAAAGGAAGAUAUGGAAGAAAGAAUAACUACGCUGGAGAAGCGCUACCUCAGUGCUCAGAGAGAAUCCACCUCCAUACAYGACAUGAACGAUAAGCUAGAAAAUGAACUGGCAAACAAGGAAGCCAUCCUGCGUCAGUUGGAAGACAAAAACAGACAGCUACAAGAGCGUCUGGAGCUGGCAGAGCAGAAGCUGCAGCAGACGAUGAGGAAAGCCGAAACCUUACCUGAAGUGGAGGCUGAACUGGCUCAGAGAAUUGCAGCUUUGACUAAGGCAGAAGAAAGGCAUGGAAACAUUGAGGAACGUAUGAGACACUUAGAAGCUCAACUUGAAGAGAAGAAUCAGGAACUUCAAAGAGCAAGGCAAAGAGAAAAAAUGAAUGAGGAGCACAACAAAAGAUUAUCUGAUACUGUAGACAGACUUUUGACAGAAUCCAAUGAGCGUCUGCAACUACACUUAAAAGAGAGAAUGGCAGCACUUGAAGAAAAGAAUGUUUUGAUCCAAGAAUCUGAAAGUUUCAGGAAAAAUCUGGAAGAGUCCUUACAUGAUAAGGAAAGACUUGCUGAGGAAAUUGAGAAACUGAGAUCUGAGUUGGAUCAAAUGAAACUAAGGGCUGGUUCUUUAAUUGAACCCACCUUGUCAAGACCUCACCUGGACACAUCAACAGAGCUGAGGUACUCGGUGGGCUCACUGGUUGACAGCCAGUCCGACUAUCGGUCAACUAAAGUGUUAAGGCGACCUAGAAGAGGCCGGAUGGGAGUACGCAGAGAUGAACCAAAGGUAAAAUCACUCGGUGAUCAUGAGUGGAACAGGACGCAGCAGAUCGGUGUUCUGAGCAGCCAUCCAUUUGAAAGUGACACUGAGAUGUCUGACAUUGAUGAUGAUGAUAGAGAAACACUUUUCAGCUCUAUGGACCUGCUGUCACCAAGUGGCCAUUCUGAUGCCCAGACCCUGGCCAUGAUGCUUCAGGAGCAGCUAGAUGCAAUCAAUAAAGAAAUCAGGUUAAUCCAAGAAGAGAAAGAGUCGACAGAGUUGCGUGCUGAAGAGAUAGAGAACAGAGUGGCCAGCGUGAGUCUGGAAGGCUUAAAUCUAGCCAGAGUCCACCAAGGGACCUCCAUUACUGGCUCAGUGACAGCAUCAUCACUUGCAAGCUCAUCUCCUCCCAGUGGACACUCAACUCCCAAACUCACCCCUCGCAGUCCAGCCAGGGAGAUGGACAGAAUGGGGGUUAUGACGCUGCCAAGUGACCUAAGGAAGCAUCGGAGAAAGAUUGCAGUAGUUGAAGAAGAUGGGCGUGAAGAUAAAGCCACAAUCAAAUGUGAAACUUCUCCUCCUCCAACACCCAGAGCUAUCAGGAUGACUCACACCCUUCCUUCUUCAUACCACAAUGAUGCUAGAAGUAGUUUGCCUGCUUCAUUGGAGCCAGAAAGCAUUGGUCUUGGCAGUGUCAGCAGCAGUCAGGACUCCUUGCACAAAGCUCCCAAGAAGAAAGGAAUCAAAUCUUCAAUAGGGCGAUUAUUUGGCAAAAAAGAGAAGGCUCGACUUGGACAGCUCAGAGGUUACAUGGAAACAGAGGCAGCAGCUCAAGAAUCUCUGGGAUUGGGCAAACUUGGAACACAAGCAGAAAAGGACAGAAGACUAAAGAAAAAACAUGAACUUCUGGAAGAAGCUCGGAGAAAAGGUUUGCCUUUUGCACAGUGGGAUGGACCAACGGUGGUUGCCUGGYUGGAGCUCUGGCUGGGGAUGCCAGCCUGGUACGUUGCUGCCUGCCGUGCCAACGUGAAGAGUGGAGCUAUCAUGUCUGCUUUGUCUGAUACUGAGAUUCAAAGAGAAAUUGGAAUCAGCAAUCCUCUUCAUCGCCUAAAACUGCGAUUAGCAAUCCAGGAGAUGGUAUCACUGACAAGCCCAUCAGCACCUCCAACAUCCAGAACACCCUCAGGCAAUGUUUGGGUGACCCAUGAAGAAAUGGAAAAUCUCACUGCUCCAGCUAAAACGAAAGAGUCUGAAGAAGGCAGCUGGGCUCAGACCCUGGCUUAUGGUGAUAUGAACCACGAAUGGAUAGGUAACGAAUGGCUCCCCAGUCUGGGUUUACCUCAGUACCGAAGUUAUUUUAUGGAAUGCCUGGUAGAUGCAAGGAUGUUAGACCACCUGACAAAGAAAGAUCUGCGUGUGCACCUAAAAAUGGUGGAUAGUUUCCAUCGAACAAGCUUGCAAUAUGGAAUCAUGUGUUUAAAGAGGUUGAAUUAUGAUAGAAAAGAACUGGAAAAGCGAAGAGAAAUGAGUCAGCAUGAAAUAAAAGAUGUGCUGGUGUGGAGCAAUGAUCGAGUCAUACGCUGGAUACAAGCCAUUGGCCUCCGAGAAUAUGCAAAUAAUAUUCUAGAAAGUGGUGUACAUGGUUCUCUUAUAGCACUGGAUGAAAAYUUUGACUACAGCAGUUUAGCUUUAUUAUUACAAAUUCCAACACAAAACACACAGGCACGGCAGAUCCUUGAGAGAGAAUACAACAACCUUUUAGCACUAGGAACUGAAAGACGACUUGAGGAAAGCGAUGACAAGAACUUCAGACGUGGCCCCUCCUGGCGACGGCAGUUCCCUCCGCGAGAGGUUCAUGGGAUCAGCAUGAUGCCGGGCGCGUCGGAAACGCUGCCGGCCGGCUUCCGGCUCACCACUACAUCAGGGCAGUCGCGCAAGAUGCCGAGUGACGUUGCUUCAUCACGACUGCAGAAGUUAGACAGCUCAACAGUUCGCACAUAUUCAUGCUGACAAAGCCUAGCAAAGAAGCCAGCACUGAAUUGUUAUGUCAUCUCUUUCUUCUACUUUACCUGAAGUGCACUACCACUACUUAGGAAAAGAGCAUUAAAA